CAACCUGGGCUGGGGGCCAGCAGGCAGCUCCAGAGGCGGACCGGGAAGCUCGUCCUGAGCGCGGAGAAAGCUGCAGAACGAUUCUAGCUGCUGCUACAGGAAGGAAGUGCCCAGUGCCCGCCUUGAAGAAGGGAGGUAGGGUGGCACUUGCAGGAACAGGAAGCACCGGGGUGGGGGGGCACGUUCCUUUUUCCUCCCCCAGACCCCCAGACUCCCAGUCUCCGUCUCGCGGCCCCAGGUGGCAGUAUCUAACGGGAGGUGGCCGGCAAAGUAGAAGUAGGGCUUGCAGAGUCCCGACCUCAGCAUCGCAAAGCAGGCUGGGAGCUGAGAGACAGAAGCUUCCACGCUGGUACAGGCAGGAGCUGUUGCUCUCCCCAUUUCACAGGCGAGGAAACUGAGGCACAGAGAGUAAGUCACUUGCCCAAGGUCAGAGGCAGGAUUUGAAACCACGCUGCACGGCCUCAGCGCCCUUCCUCUUCACCCCACCACCCACCACCACCGUGAAUGGUGAAGGAAUGAGUGAGUGAGUGAGUGAGUGAGUGAAUGGACAUGCCCACAAAUGAUGCUUAGACCGGUGGCUAGCCGAGUCUGCGCACGAGCGCGAGGUCCUCCCUGCCUUCCUGCCUCCUUGUCGCCCUGCCAGGUCAUCCACUGGAACUCCCCCAAGAAGCUGCGGGUGAAGAACAAGCACGUGGAGUUUUUCCGCAACCUCUACCUGACCUUCCUGGAGUACGACGGCAACCUCCUGAGGCGAGAGCUCUUCGGCUGCCCCAGUGAAGCUGAUGUCAACAGUGAAAACCUCCAGAAGCAGCUCUCUGAGCUCGAUGAGGAUGACCUGUGUUAUGAGUUCCGGCGAGAGCGGUUCACUGUCCACCGAACCCACCUGUACUUCUUGCACUAUGAGUAUGAGCCCGUUUCGGACAACACGGAUGUCACCCUGGUCGCUCAACUCUCCAUGGACAGGCUCCAGAUGCUCGAGGCCAUCUGCAAGCACUGGGAGGGACCCAUCAGCCUGGCCCUCUACCUGUCGGACGCCGAAGCCCAGCAGUUCCUCCGCUACGCGCAGGGCUCCGAGGUGCUCAUGAGCCGCCACAACGUGGCCUACCACAUCGUGUACAAGGAGGGCCAGUUCUACCCUGUGAACCUGCUACGCAACGUGGCCAUGAAGCACGUGGGCACGCCCUACAUGUUCCUGUCUGACAUCGACUUCCUGCCCAUGUAUGGGCUCUAUGAGUACCUCAGGAAGUCUGUCAUCCAGCUCGACCUUGCCAACACCAAGAAGGCGAUGAUCGUCCCUGCAUUCGAGACACUGCGCUACCGGCUGUCUUUCCCCAAGUCGAAAGCGGAGUUGCUGUCAAUGCUGGACAUGGGGACUCUCUUCACAUUCAGGUACCACGUCUGGACAAAAGGCCACGCUCCCACAAACUUUGCCAAGUGGCGGACUGCCACCACGCCUUACCGUGUUGAGUGGGAGGCCGAUUUCGAGCCGUACGUUGUCGUGAGAAGGGACUGCCCUGAGUACGACCGGAGGUUUGUGGGCUUUGGCUGGAACAAGGUGGCUCAUAUCAUGGAAUUGGAUGCACAGGAAUAUGAAUUCAUCGUGCUGCCCAAUGCCUACAUGAUCCACAUGCCUCAUGCCCCCAGCUUCGACAUCACCAAGUUCCGGUCCAACAAGCAAUACCGCAUCUGUCUCAAAACCCUGAAGGAGGAAUUUCAGCAGGACAUGUCCCGCCGCUACGGCUUUGCCGCCCUCAAGUAUCUCACGGCUGAGAACAACAGCUAACACCAGGAAGCCCACCACUAGGGAGAGAGACCUGUUCUGCAGGGGGAAUGCCACUUGCCAUUUGGGGUCCAGCCUUCAAACUCAAAAUUGAGCAAUGCUUUUUUGGUUUGUUUUUACUUGGCUCUUUGGCCCAACAAAGCCGCCCACACUACAGAGAUCUGGGACAAGGAUCCGGCCAGCGCCUCUCUGCUCCACAAUCUGGCUCUCCCAGAAUGUGGAAGAACAGCUCGUCGACACAGUCUCUUCAAGGACGGGACACAGAGGAGUCAGAGGGAGCAAAGGGGUUAUCCGACCACAAAGCCGCAAAACCAAGCAGGUCUUUAGGACGUUCUCAUUGCUUUUUAAGAAAGGGAAGUCAGGGUGCUGGGGGUUAGCCAUCCCAGGAAAUAAAAGCAAAACUGUCUCUUCAUUCAGAGGAAACUUUCUUUUUUUGUCCUGCAAUCUAGCUGUGUAUCCAAGGUGGGAGGCAAACCAAUGAUCUGAACCAACCAUUUGGAAAAACCCAAUGAGGAUAUUAUACCAGGUGGGACCUGGAGGUGGGGGCCGGUUGGUUCCUUAUCCUCAAGGACACUCUUGUUUUGCUUUGAUUUGUUUUUGUUUAGGGGGAUUUUGUUUGUUUGUUUGUUUUUGGUCUGGGAAUCCAAAAUAGAAAACCUGAUCGUUUAAGGCUCUGAAGGAGAAUCCGCUGCCCCAUCCAGCAUGCCCCCGCCAUCAGUGGCCCAGCAAGGAGUAUGAGAGUCUUCGGCCAAUAUUUAAACAUGGGCAGCCUUCUUCAGGAUUAUCCCUGAGGCCCCCAUGACCUUGACUCCCCUACUCUCCAGAAUCCAGGGGCUAAGACGGAGACGGUAGAAAUACGAAGACUGUCACAUUUGCUAUUGGCUGUGACUGGUUCAUGGGGAAAGGGCUCAGAAGGGACUGUUCUGGUGCACACGGAAGGUACAGACCUCUCAGGCCUUUAGAAGAACUGCAGUAGUUCACACAAGCUUGUAGUUCACACAGAUUCUGAAGAUCCACGUGUCUGUCUGGAGACCAUCGGGAAGAACGUGUUGGGUUCCUCUGUGUCCGUGCCACUUCCCUGCGGUCACGGCCUCAGGCUCCCUCUGGGACCUGUGCAGAGGGUAGACAAGCACCUUUACCAUUACAUGGAUUGAGGAGACACUGGACUUUUUACCCAUUUUCUUGAGUCUUCAAUAUUAAUGUUGUGUUUACAUUGAUGAGAACAAGAGUCCACGCCCUACUCUCGGCGGGGCUGUUUGUAUUGAGUUGCAAUGUGACCAGCGAACGCUGCAUUCAAUAAACGAAAGUCCGGACUGUGUCUUCCCCGCUCCCUCCCACUCCUGUAAGAAGCUGCCGAGACACACGCCAGUGUAGUGAGCAAGAUCCAUAAACGGCGACCUUACACUU